CAGCCCUCUAUAAGGCUAGAAAAGGAAGAGAUACCUGUUCUGAAUUUCUGCAGGACAGGAAAAGGAGGGGAAUCUCAACAUGGAAAAACUCUGCAAUGGAGAUGAAGGAAUGCCUGAGAAACAAGGGAAGAUGGAAUACAAACAACAGCCAGAGGAUGUGGGAAGGCCAGAAUUAGCUUGUACUCUGGAAGACGAGGAAAAGUUAGAAAACAAGGGAAAGACAGAAAAUGAGGAAAUACUGAAGGACAAGGAAAGGCCAGGGAGUGUGGAAAAGCCAAAAGAGGGAAAGCCAGAGAACCUGGAAAAACCAAAAGAAGAAGGAAAACCCAUGAGUGAGGGGAAGCCAGAGAGCAAGGGACAGCCAAAAGAAGGAGAAGGAAAGUCAGAGAGCCAGGGAAAGCCAAAAGAAGACGAAAAGUCAUCCAGGGAACCAAAGGCUGUGGGAACACCAGCUGGGAAUGAUGUACCCAGGCAGGCCAAAAGAAAAACCAGCAAGGGGUUGGCUCAGUGUCUCAGGGAAUAUGAGGAGGCCAUACAAAAUAUGCAUUUGAACAAUGAGGAGAUGGUAAGAGAAUUUGAUGAGAUUGGCAGGGUGGAGGAUUAGGUGAAGGAAACCAGACAGAAAUUGUGGGGGGGUGUGUGGUUAAGGUCACAAAAACGUUUACAGGACCCUUUCCACCGGGGGCCAAGGGAACUCAGGGGUGAAUGCAGAGCCCCACAGAGGGGCUAUGAAGACAUUCCUUUUGCGUAGUGCCCCUGGCAAGCAUUUGCCAGGUCCUGUGCCUUAACCUUAUGCUAAUAAUUUGCUUUAGCUGUCACUCUCAUUAUCAGCAGCCUUUUGAGCCAACUAGAACACUCUGUCAGUAGGGGUUUCCACCCAUGUGCUUUGCAAGUCGUUUUAAUUCUUGAAAAAUAAAAUAGCUUAUAAUAUCAUCUACAGAAUCAGUCCACCUUUAUAGAAAACAUAAGUUUAUAUAGUACAU